UUUAGAUUUGUUUAUAAUCCCGCUCUCCCCCCUUCAGAGAUCGUCCUCUCACUCUCUCCUCACCCAGAAAGAAAAACUCUCUCGCCGCUUCGAUUCGAGUUUCAUCGGUUCAUCAUUCUCUUCAGAGCCAACAUCGAAUCUUAAAGAUGCCAGAGGCGAGAGACAGAACGGAGAGGCCGGUGGACUACGCGGCGAUAUUCGCCAACAGACGCCGUAACGGCGUGUUACUCGACGAGGCGGUCUCGCGUCUCGGCGGCGCGUCUGAACAUCCAGUUCAGAGAUUGCCGUCGGUUUCUCGGGUGGUGUAUGCGCGACCUGGAUCUUUGAUUGGGGGCAAUUACAGUUCGUGGAGGCCUGGUGGUGGUGGUAACGGGAGUGGUCUCAGCAGUCCGUUUAGAUCGUCGCACGGAAGAGAGAAUCUGUCUAGGCCUAGGCGUGUAGGAGUAAGAGGUGGUGGUGCUUCACGGAGUCCGUUACCUUCUUGGUACCCGAGGACGCCUCUACGUGAUAUAACUCAUAUCAUGCGGGCUAUUGAGAGAAGAAGAAGAGCUGGUAUGGGAGUAGACAACGGCUUGGAGGCUGAGACUCCAACUCAGCAACAAGCUCGUGUUCUUGAAACUCCAGUAGCAUCGGCAGAUGAUGAGCACGAUUGCUUAAUGGUGACGCCUGCUCCAGCUGUGGGAUUCAAACGUAGUUGCCCACCAUCAACUGCUAAA